AUGUCCCUGCCCGUGGUGCUCCCGGGCUCCUGCUGCCCGGUGGCUGGGCUCUCGGGCGGGCCGCAGGCCGGGGGCCCGGGCGCCGCAGCCACCGCUGCCCAGGAGCCACCGCUGCCCCCGUUGCGGCCGCGCUGGCCCCGGGCCGCGCUGCAGCCCCCGGUGCGGCCUCGCUGCUCGGCCACCUCGGCCGGGGUGCUGGCCGUGCCGCCCGCGCUCUCCUCCCGCCGGGCCACCGUCGCUGCCGCCGCCGCCCCGAGCUCCGCGCUGCUGCCAGGUCGUCCGCUGUUGUCGCUCGGGCUGCUGCAGCUGAUCCUGGGUUGCUGCAUGGUGGCGCUCAGCUUCGGGGCGCUAUCGCUGAGCAGCUCCCCACAGGUGAAGAACUCGUGCCCGUUCUGGGCUGGCUCCUCGGUGAUACUCUCUGGAAUCAUAGGAUUAACAACUUGGAAACGGCCUAUGAUACUCCUGGUAAACCUGUUCGUGCUGCUCUCUGUGGUGUGUGUCCUCUUAAAUUUAGCUGGGUUUAUCCUGGGCUGCCAAGGGGCGCAGUUCGUGUCCAGUGUGCCCAGGUGUGACUUGGUGGACUUAGGUGAAGGCAAGAUUUGCUUCUGUUGUGAGGAAUUUCAACCAGCUAAAUGCACAGACAAAGAAAAUGUCUUGAAACUCUUCCCCGUUCAGCCUUGUAGUGCGGUUCACCUUCUACUCAAGAAAGUCCUUUUCGCCCUGUGUGCCUUGAACGCCCUGACCACCACCGUCUGCUUGGUGGCAGCCGCCCUUCGCUAUGUGCAGAUAUUUGCAGCCAGGAGGUCCUGCAGUGAUGAAUCCCAGAUUUCUGUCGAGGAAGUGGAAGAACAUGGACGCAUCCCGGACCCCGAUGACUUCGUGCCGCCAGUGCCCCCGCCUUCGUAUUUCGCCACACUUUACUCCUGCACACCCCGGAUGAACCGCAGGAUGGUUGGUCCCGACGUUAUCCCACUGCCGCAUAUAUAUGGAGCGAGAAUCAAAGGCGUGGAAGUAUUCUGUCCUCUGGACCCUCCGCCUCCGUAUGAAGCAGUGGUGAACCAGACAGACCAGGAGCAGACAUCUUUAUUCCGACUGUCAGAAGGAUCAGAAGCCACCAUCAGCCUGAUGGAACCAGCCGGCAUGCCUGUGACUCAAGGUGGGAACACUCCUAAUGCACCUGGAGAAGAAAGCGCAUCCGCUUCGGCUGCCAACUCGAGCCAGCCGCGUCCCGGGAGGAGCCAGCGGGCUCUCCUGCCCCUGAUGACAAGAUGGAAGAGUGACCCUGUGCUCCAUCGUUUCGUGGAGAGAGCCGCUCCCGUGCUCAGCUGCGAAGCUGCGACUCAGACGGAGGGAAGACCGGACCGCGCCGCGGUGACCCUGAGGAGGAGUCUGAGAUCCAGACCUCUGAGAUGCAGGCCGCAGUCUUUAAUUGAUUACAAAUCUUACGUAGACACCAAGCUGCUGGUGGCGCGCUUCCUGGAGCAGUCUGCCUGCGCCCUGCCGCCGGACGUCCAGGCGCUCGUGGAGAACAUCAAAGCCAUGCUGAAGUCCGACGCGGAGCACAUGGAGGAAGCUCUCAUGAGUGCCAGUUUCCUGGAGCAGAUUAUGGCUCCGCUGCAGCCCAGGGCUUUCAGGGCCCAGCUGCUGCCCUCAGGGAGACAGCCCGGCUUGCUGCACCUGCCGAGCUGCGGAGACCUGAGCACCUUCGUCUCCGUCCUGCCGCCGAGAAUCCAGAGGAGACCCCGCAGAGCGGAGGCCGAGCGGCCACACAGCCUCAUCGGUGUCGUGCGCGAGACCGUCCUGUGAACCAGCCAGGGCAGGCCCCCUG